GAUAAAGCCACCAGCAUAAAGUGCCUUUUCGAAUCAACAAAAUUGUGUGAAAAAUGGACCAAAAUAGGUCACUGCAAGAAGACGCUGAAGGCGAAGAAAGCAGCAAAUACGAACCUGGAGUCCAAUACAUUCAGGAUCCUUUUAAGCGACAAACAAGUUUUAAGAAAAGAAAAGCAGGUUUAUUUAAAAAGGCGAAUGAACUAUUUAUGCUCACGGGAUCAGAGGUCAUGGUAAUUGUUGUCUCUGAGACAGGAUUAGUCCAUACAUUUUCGACGCCUAAGUUAGAAGAUGUUGUCAAAUCUCCAGAAGGGCAGAAAGUGAUCUCCCACAGUCUGAAGGGAAUUAAUACAGAUGAAAAUGAGGAAAAAAGAGUUGGUGAUAAAAAUGAUCAAGAAUCUACUCCAGUCAUUCAUUCAGAGACAGAGUCACCAAAGGAUAAGAAUUCCAAUUUGGAUUAUGGUCUGGAUAGAAAUGCAGGAAAUUCAUCUGGAUAUCCAACAGAAAGUACUACUGAUCAAUUUUUCAUGUCAUUUUCACCUCCUAAUGAACAGCAAGUCGGUAAAGAACCCACUAUGGUAUCCCCAAAAGCUCUCCCAUAUAAUUCAAAGACGUAUAAUUUUUCUGCAGAAACAAAAGGUCCAUCAAAAAGUCAAGAAGGAUAUUCCAUGCCAGGUGAAGAAACUGAUGAUUCGAUGGGAUUUUCCCCCGGCGAUUUGCAAGAAUUUUCAAAUCAAUUAUCCGGUUUGUUCCAUGAAGACGAACAACAUGGAAAUAGUCAAUAUUCUUUGCAACGUUCGGAUGCUUUUCCGGUCCCAGUUGCUCCUGGUCCGUCGUCAACACAGAAGAAGCGUCGUCGAAAAUCUGAAACAAAACCGAGGUCGAGCUCAAAAAGCAUGCCUAUGACACCAGAGAAGGCCGAUUUAGAGUCAUCAUCACAUAAACAAGAUGAAAGAUUACAUCGUGAACGACCCCCUCUAAUUCCUCUUAGUCGGUUGCCUAGUCUUGCUCCUCUUUUCACUGAAACUCACCGUGCAGAUGAAAUGAGGUUUAUGAAUCAGAAUUAUGUGCCUCCCCCAAUGAUGCCUUAUCCAAGACAUCCUUAUGCUCAAGAAACUCCUGCUCCAUCAUACUAUCAAGUGCCAUAUGAUUAUUCUUUUCCAGUAGAGCCUUACGACGAUGGGUAUCAACGGCCAGAACCCCAUGACUUCAGUUAUAUGCCCAUUUAGCAAAGGGGAAAAUAUUGGAGACACAGUUAGUAAAUGAUGAGUUUUUUGGUUAUGUGUACGAAUCUUUUUAUGUUAAUAAUUUUAGGCAGUUUUUUAAUCUAUUCCAACA